AUGUCUUCUCACAAGGCCAUCGUUUCCUCCUUUGUGGAGGGAGCUCCACCGGGAGAGGCACGUAACAUCAAAGCCCUGACCAUCUCCAGCCCGGGCUUGGUCAACGAGUUGGGCCCGGCCUUCCAAAAGUAUAACGAGGAGCAGUUUACGACAGUCAAGCUUCCGGGGGGUAGCCAGCCGGUUAUCAUCAGCUCGCACAGUGCCCUGGGCAACGGUCGGUACUACGACCUCGAGAGCUCGUGCAGCUUCGCUUUCGACCACAUCACACAAAAGGCCAGCGCGGUGGAGAGCUACGUGCCCGAGGGCGACGGUGUGGAUCUGGCAAAAUCGAUCCUCAAGGGGCUAUCGACCUACGUUAACGAGCACUUCACGAACGCGGCCUACGGCGCCUACCCCAUAGAAAACGGCUCCAAGAUUGCCAUCAUCAUCGUUGCGAACAAGUACAGCCCGAACAACUUUUGGAACGGGCGGUGGCGCUCGCUCUACAUCUUCAACCCGGCCUCGAGCGCUCUGGAGGGAUCCAUCAAGGUCGACGUGCACUACUACGAGGACGGCAACGUCCGGCUGCUGACCAACAAGUCGGCGACGGCGACCGUGCCGUCCGGCACCGGGGCGGCUAUCGCCAAGGAGAUUUCGGCAGGCGAGCGCAAGUACCAGGAAGAGCUGAACCGGAGCUUCACUAGCCUGAGCGAGGGCGCUUUCAAAGCGCUGCGGAGACAGCUCCCCGUCACGAGGCAGAAGAUCGAGUGGGACAAGGUUGCGAGCUACAGGUUGGGACAGGAUAUCGGUGGUGGGUCGUCGAGGAGGUAG